GUUAGUUGCUAGCAAAUAAGAAGACGUCGUUAAGUAGAACAGUUGGUCAUACAGUAACGCCGUUAUAGCCAAACCGUUAUCUUCUCACCCUCUCCAGGUCUCUCUGCACAUGUACACAAAUACGAUCAAUGCCCAAAUAUCUCACCAAUUGCUUCAUAAAUUAUAGUAACAAGGAUCUUACGCAUUGUAAUUCGCGUUCGCGAUCACAAAUUUAACAAUUUUCUAGCUGUAAUUUUUGAUUUGGGCGAAAAUUAAUGGCGUCAACUAGCAAAAUGCCGAGCUCUGCAGAGGACGAGGAUCUACAAGAGGAGUUUGAACAUUUUGAUGAUUUUACGUUGGCCUCUUCGUGGGAAAGGUUCAUAUCCGAGAUAGAGGCAGUUUGCCGGCAGUGGUUGGCUGAUGGCACCAAGAAUUUGUUGAGGAAGGGCGCUAUCAGUUUGAAUAUCGCUGAGGGCCUGUAUAAGGUCAAAACUGACCUGAAGUAUGCAAUGAAAAGCUAUUGCAUGGAGUACUAUUUUGGAACACACAAUGAUGUUGGUCGAGGAAAAGUAAAUGAUUGGAGCUGUGAAUUGCAUAAUCUUCAACUGUCUUUUGGGGUGAAUGAAUUCCUGGUGAUUGCUCCUCAAAGUGCCAGUGGCGUGGUUCUUGAUGGACCGGAAGCCAGCAAACUUCUAAGUGCAGUUGCUAUUGCAUUGUCAAAUUGUUCCGGUUUGUGGCCGGCAUUUGUUCCAGUGCAUGAUCCUUCUCGUAAAGCAUACAUUGGCAUCCAGAACAUGGGAAUCCUCUUCACUAGACGAUUUGAAGCUGAUCGUAUAGGUAGCCAGGUGCCAGUGAGGCUCAUGCAUUUGGGGGGAUUGUAUGAGCUAUUUGUUUCUAAAUUUGACCAAGGAGGGACAGCUUGGUAUACGUUAAGGUUGGGGGGUUUGAGUAGCCAAAAGAGAAAAGCGGGAAAGGGUCACUAUCAGGCUCCUGUGAGGAAGUUUGGGGCCUUUUCAAAUAUGGAUCUAGCCACGCAUCUUUUCCAAGUCAAUCUCAAGAUGAAGCUGACCUAUCGUACACUUCCCUACGGUGAGGAUGAUGAUGUACGAGAACUGGAGGGAGGCCUUACAGAAUCGGGGGAGAGUCCCAAAAGCAACCAUCAGAAUAGAACACAGUGGGAUGAUAAUUGUCCUUGGAGUGAGUGGUACUCUGCUGAGGACCCAUUAAGAGGGUUUGAGCUGCUUACAAUAUGGCCAGAGAAAGCAAUUGAGAGUUCAUCUGAAAUGGAGGAGCUGGAAAAUGUGUCACCUCUUGAGGCUGAGAAGUGGUUAAUAUCUCCAUGUUUAUCUGAGAUGCUAAGUGAUGGUUCUGGCGGAAAGAGAAUUGGAUUCGCAUCACAGUUGCUGCUCCUAAUUGACGCUCUGCAUAUGUCACUGGACGCUAAAUUUGUGGAAGAUUUUGUUUCAGUAGAGCACUCAGGACCUGAGAAUUUGAAGUCUACUGCAGUCAUACCUCCCCCAACUGUCCUUGAUCGAGUUCUUAAAGACCUCUUUCAUGAAGUUGAAGUCCUGCAACUUGAUUUUGCUGAAGGAUAUCAUGAAAAUUCUCGUAACAUUAAAGGCGCUCCUCUUGAAUCGCUUUUUGGGCAGUUCUGUCUGCAUGCUCUCUGGUUUGGUGACUGCAGUAUAAGGGCUAUUGCGGCAUUCUGGAUAGAGUUUGUACGAGAAGUUCGCUGGUGUUGGGAGGAGUCACAGCCAUUACCUAGAAUGCCAGUCACUGGUGUAAUCGACCUAUCAACCUGUUUAAUUAACCAGAAAUUACACAUGCUUUCAAUUUGCAUUGAUAAAAAGUGUCAGUUGAAUCAAGAGGGUCCACAUGCAGGUGAAAACAAUUUUUCCCUUUCCGCUCAUGUUAAGGCAGACACUCAUAUCCAGAGUGAUAUAUCUUCUCAAGAAGAAGAUUUUUUUGAUAGCUCCUCUCAAGAUGGAGAUACUCAGGCUUCUUUUGUGGAAUGUGACAGUCUGUCAACACCAGAUCGUCCAAAAGAUCCUGCAAGUCAUAUUUCUAGGUUUAUACAUUCUGAUGCUGUGAAAUUAAGUGAUCCAAAGGAUUCAACAUGUAUUAGGAGGGGAUCGUCUGGUGUUGUGGGGUCUAUGAUGCUUCUGAAAUCUUGCCAGAACAUGCAUGCCCCAUUUACACAGGAUCCACCACUUAUGACUGAAGACAUGCAUGAAGAACGUCUACAAGCCAUUGAGGCCCUUGGUGAAUCAUUUAAAUUUUCCGCCCAAUUAGAGAAAGACAUUUUGUCAUCAGAUAUGUCUGCUUUUAGAGCAGCAAAUCCAGAUGCUGUGUUUGAAGAUUUCAUCCGGUGGCAUUCACCUAGAGACUGGGAGACUGAUGAUAGUAUGGAGAAGGUAGUAUCUCACACCAAUGCAAUGGUAGAGUCAACAAAUGAUUGGCCACCUCGUGGAAAACUUUCAGAAAGAAUGUCUGAGCGUGCGAAUUCAUGGAGAAAGAUUUGGAAUGAGGCACCUCCAUUGCCAGCUUCUGAACAGAAGCCCCUUCUGGAUCCAAAUCAAGAAGGAGAAAAGGCUCUUCAUUAUUUGGAAACACUGCGUCCGUAUGAAUUGUUGGGACAAAUGGUUUCUACUGCUUUUAAAGCAGCGGCCGACACAUUAAACAGAACAUCAUUUGGCGGUCUAAAGCAGCUGGCCACCAGAAUUGGACAACUUUACCUCACUAUGGCAGCCACUCUCAGAUGCUUGCGAAAAAAUAGUCUUUCUGUCAGCACUGAAGAUAUUGAAGACCUGAAGCGUCUCUGUACAAUUUUUGCACAUGUUGAGAAUUUGAUAACAUUCGCUGCAUCUCUUCAUCAAAAGUUCUUGCAAGCACCACGUCUAUCAGAAUCCAUUUUUAAUGACUACUACAACUUCUAUCUACCAAAAAUGGGAACAACAUCAAUUGGUGGUGAUGAGAAAAAGGAUUUUGAUAAGAAACAAGAAGUUAAACGACAAGAGAGAGAGGUAGUUGCAAGCAUGUUCACUCCGCCUACUGUGAAUCAAUCAUGGAGGAAAGUCUUAAGCAUGGGAAAUCUUCUCAAUGGCCAUGAACCAACACUGAGAGAGAUCAUAUUUUCCAAACGUGAUCACCUCAGUGAAAAUUACUAUGCUAGUCAUGCUCCAAGGGGUUACCAACAAGAACUAGAAACAUACAGAAUGUACAUAAGCGGAACCUCAAAUGAUCUGAGUGUGGCACUGGCAGUUGCCUCUUGUGACUAGUUUCAUCAGUAAAGGAACCAGGUAUAUUAUUGUCGUUUCUCUUGUUAGUAUAUCCAGCCAUUCUUCUCAUUCGUGUUCCAUUGGUACAUGCUAUUAAAUUUUCUAAUUUGUUUGAAAAGGCUCUUGGUUGUCACAUCUUUUCUGCCUUUCCUCGAAAUACAGAUUUUUUUUC